UGAAGUCAGUGAAGCGAGAGGGAAACUUCUGAAGAGCGGAUUUUAAAAACUUUGACGAGUGAACCGAACCGUUGAGGCUGAACAGAGGAGCUUCACAGAAACCAGGCAUGGAGGAGUUAACAAUAUGGGAGCAACACACAAUAACACUAAACAAAGAUUCCAAAGUGGGGUUUGGUUUUGCCAUAUCUGGAGGCAAGGACAAGCCUCACCCAGACAACGGGGACACAGCGGUGGUGGUGUCAGAUGUGCUGCCAAACGGACCAGCAAUGGGACGGCUGUUCCACAAAGAUCAAAUUGUCAUGGUGAAUGGACAAUCCAUGGAGAAUGUGCACUCUAACUACACCAUUCAGACCCUCAAGUCAUGUGGCAAGACAGCUGACAUAACGGUGAAACGCCCUCGUAAGAUCCAGAUCCCAGCGGCGACCACCAGACCGACCCGAGCGGCCUCCCACUCCAACCUGCUGGAUCCGGACCCUCCCAGACGAACGCGAGCUGCUUCCCACUCCAACCUGCUGGAUGCGGACUAUUCCGGACGAUCGCGACGCUACUCCGACGGCAGCGACACCCGAGACAACCGCUACCGCGCUCGCAGCUCCUCGCCAAACCGCAACGGGCACACAAACACGCUGCCGUUGAUGUCGUCGGGGUACAAGAGGCUGCCACGCAACGACUUCCCUGACAAACCCAUCAAAACCACUUUGGUUAAAAAGAGAAUCACAGAUGAAUAUGGGCUGAAGCUGGGCAGUCAGAUCUUUAUCAAGCACAUGACAGAAACAGGUCUGGCGGCAAAAGAAGGCACACUACAGGAAGGAGACCUCAUCCUCAAGAUCAACGGCAUGACAACGGAGAAUCUGUCCCUGCUGGAGACGAAGCACCUGGUGGAGAAGAGCCGGGGCAAACUGACCAUGACGGUGCUCAGGGACGACCGCAGGUUCCUGGUCAGCAUCCCCGAGGUGGAGGACAGCGCCCCCAACAGCGAGGACGACCGCCGCAGAGACAGCAGCUCGGAGCUGGAGGACAUUUCAGACAUUGAUGAUGAUGUCCCGACUCACAGAGCAUCGCGUCACCCCACCAGAGAGAAACGGACACGCAGGACGAGAGCUGAACCUCCGCCACCCAAGUCCAGGGAUUCGUCACCUGUUCGCUCCACCUUGACUCGGCCUCCAGCGAGAACUUACGCUCCUCGAAGAGCUCCAUCUGAAUCAGAGUCCGACCACAGUGUUUCUCCUCCUCGUGUCAGGAAAGACACUUCGGACACGAGGGACCCGUCCAGCAAAUACAAACCUCUGUCCGGGAUGUCCACCCUCCCCAACCCUCGAUCUUCUCCUGUGGUCCCCAAGUGGACCACAUCUCGGCCCUCAUCCUCGGCCUCACGGCCCCGAAGGCCGGUGUCGGAGUCAGACUCGGACCGUAGUGCCUCCCCACCUCGACGCAGGGAGAGCCCCCGACCGGACAGCCGAUACAAAGUUCUUCCUGAUCUUCCUGUCGCAGGCUUGAGAUCCUCCCCAAUCCCGGUUCGCCAAGAGCCACCGAGGAGGGUCAACUCACCUGUCAGAGUCCCACCUCCAGAUUCUGAUUCCGAGUCGGACAGCAUGUCGGGGCCUCCUCAGAGGCACAGCACCUCGUACAAUCAGGACUCUCUCAGCAGAUACAGAGUCCUGCCAGCUGUUUCCCUGCAGUCGCCGGUAGAGCCGCCGCGAUGGAGCGAAACCAGCAAUCCGCCACCGAGAGCAGCUCAGUCAGACUCUGACUCAGAGGCCAGUUAUGCAUCUGUCCCUCGAAAGCAGUCAACAGACAGCGGAAACUCCAUCCCAGCCAACAACAGAUACAGAGUCCUUCCUGAGAAAUCCCCCUCAGUCCAUGUAAAGCAGGAACCUCCUCGUCGUGCUCCGUCCCCCGUCAGACCACCUCCUGAUGAUUCUUCAGAGUCGGAUCAUCUUUCACAUCUCAGGAGGUCUGGGAGCUCAGAGCGGGAAGACAACCGCCGCAGUGUUCCUCGUGCUCCUAAUGGAACCGGCACCCUCAGGUCUGGGAUUUCAGUAAAGAGCAACCCACCAGUUUACACUUCAGCUGGGAGUCUCAGCAUUCCCGCAUCUCUUCCAUCCAAGCCUACAGAGGAGCCCAUCUACUCUCUACCUCCAGACUCCUAUCCAUCCUCUAAUCCGGGGUACAGCUCGGAUGUUCACACUGUGUCGUUUGUGAAGGAGCGCAGCGUCGGUCUGAGGCUCGUGGGAGGAAACGAUGUCGGGAUCUUUGUAGGCGGAGUUCAGCCGAACAGUCCGGCGUACGACCAGGGGAUGAAGGAGGGAGACCAGAUCAUGCAGGUAAAUAGAACUGAUUUCGGCCAUUUCACGCGAGAAGAAGCCGCCAACUUUCUCCUCAACGUCAAGACAGGAGAACCGGUAGAAAUCUGCACACAGAACAAGAUGGACCUUUAUAAGAAAAUCAUCAAGUCCAACCUGGGAGACAACUUCUACAUCCGAACCCACUUUGAUCACGAGCCCGACGGCCCCAUCGGUCUGGGCUUCACCAGAGGAGAAGUGUUCAGGGUGGUGGACACGAUGCACCGCGGGAAGAUCGGCAAAUGGCUGGCCAUCCGCAUGGGCAACGACCUGCACGAGAUGGACAAAGGCACAAUCCCCAACCAGGACAGGGCCGAGAAGAUGGCGAUCAUGGAGCGGUCUCAGCGGGGGACUGCAGAGAAGCAGGUGUCGGGACCGAGAGCCGAGUUCUGGAAACUACGAGGGCUCAGAGGGAAUAAGAAGAGCGAGAAGAACGUGCGACGGUCCCGUGACGAUCUGCUGCAGCUCACCAUUCAGGGCAAAUUCCCGGCUUACGAGAGAGUCCUGCUUAGAGAAGCUAAUUUCAAACGACCCAUUGUCAUCCUGGGUCCUCUUAAUGACAUCGCCAUGGAGAAGUUGGCCAGAGAGAUGCCUGAUAAAUACGAGGUGGCAGAGAUGGUUCCUCGUAGUGGAGGAGGAGGAGACAGCGCCUCCACUGUUAUUAAACUGGACACUGUGAGGAAAAUAGCAGAGAAGGACAAGCACCCUCUGCUGGACAUCACUCCCACUGCAGUGGAGCGGCUGAACUACAUCCAAUACCACCCCAUGGUGCUGUUCUUAGACCCUCACAGCCGCAAGGACGUCAAAGCCAUGAGGCAGCGGUACAGCCCCAACUCCAACAAGAGCUCCAGACGCCUUUACACACAGGCCCUGAAGAUGAGGAAGCACUGCAGCCACCUGUUUGCAGCACGCGUCGACCUGCAGCCCAGCUCCAACGUCUGGUACGACACUCUAAAGGACAAGAUCCGCCACCAGCAGUCCAAACCUGUCUGGGUGUCUGAAGUCACGCUGGAGAGCGGUGGAGAACAGGACUUAGAUGCUCUGGACCAAACCCAGUCCGACUACCUCAGCGCUGCGAGUGACUUGGAGGACACCGACGGCGAGGCCUUCACGGACGGAGAGGUCUACACCGACAACGAGGACCUGGAAGAGGCUUACCCCGGCCAGGACGCAGCCAGGCUCCCACGAAGCUCCAGGGCGGCCGGAGCUGCUUUGGCCCGAUCGUCCGAACCGGCCUACGAGCGCGAGAGCCCCACGAUGGAGGCCGAGAUUCGAUCGGACACGCACUCGCUCAGGGAAAUCCCGCCGCUGAUGCACGUCCCUGAGCCCCGGUCACUCCGCCGGGACCAGUACAGCCCGCCUCGCAGCCCCGCAGAGGAGGAAGACCCCUCUCACCGAAGUUUCACAGACUCAGAUUUCAGCGCUCUGGACGUAGUCGCUCCCACCACUCCGUCAGACGGGCCGCCAGACUUUGUAGCUCCUGACCCGUCCACUCGAUACUCCCUGGUCGAACCUUCGUACGCUGACGUGCAGCCGGAGAGCUCAGAGCCUGCCAGCCUGUCCACCAUCGAGGACAAACUACAGCAGGCUCGUUCAGCAGAACCACAAGCUGAGCCAAAGAAAGCCCCUCAGUUCAUCGUCUUAGCGCAUCACCACCAAGCAGUCCAGUUCAGACGCACACAGAUCCGAGGCAGCGACAGCUCUGAGGACGACGACGACGACGAUGAGACGGAGGACAUCGAAUGGGGUCCUGCGACCGAACUGUAGACGCACAGAGGAGUGAAGCUGCUGCCUUCUGAUCCAACAAGGACCUGGAAGCAAUUUCACUCCCACAACAAACUCUCAAUUCUUGGAUUGUUUUGUAUGUUUUUUUAAAACAAAUGUAUGCACAGAGGGCCUUGUUCAGGUGUGAGAUAGAGGAGGCUAUUCAAGACCUCCUUUAGCGACAACUUCAAGUUUUAACAUCACGAAAAAAAGGUUCACGAAUGAAUGUUCACAUCAAAGUGCCUGAUUUCUUUUCAGAUUUUUAAUUUAAAAUACUCACGUGAAGCAGAUCACUUUGCCCUUUGUUAUUGCUGCUGUAUUAUACACCAAUCAGCCACAAUGUUAAACUCACUGACAGGUGAGCUGUACGACAUUUUUAAUUUUUUUACAGUUCAGUGUUCUGCUGGGAAACCUUGUGUCCCGGCGCUCAUGUUGAUGCAACACACACUCCCAGACAGCAGCAGCCUCCACCAGCAGGACAGCUCACCUCGCAACACCCCAAAAAGCGCCCAGGAAAGGCUGAGAAACAUGGCAAAGACCUGCCCCAGAUGUGACCGAGCAUCUGUAUCGUGCACUGGAACAAACACGAUCCACAGAGGAAGGAUCUGGUGUCCCAGCAGGUCCGAGAGGUUUGGCUGCACGAGGAGGAUCUACAGAACAUUUGGUUUUAAUGUUGUGGCUGAGCAGUGUACAAAUUCUUACAAGUUUUAUUAACAAAUCAUGUUUGAGUCUGUUUUUAUGGAAAUAUUUGGAUGUCUCUUUAACUUUUUCUACAUUAAAAUGUUUUUUUCUGAUUUUACAAUGUGUUUGUUUAAAGUGUCUCCUAUGUCUGUUUUUUUGUUGUUGUUUUUCUUGCAGAGUUCAAAUAACCUUAAUCAGUGCUAAUAUUAAUAUGAAUGUGAUGUGGAAAUUGUAUUCUUUGCUACGGGGAGUUGCUUUAUGGUAAAAGCUAAAAAUCUAAUUUGGUGUUAAAAAAACUAAAAAUGCAAUUAAAACCAACAUGUACAAAGCUU